UAGAAAAAAAAAAAAAAGAAAUUCCUUGGCCUGCCACCAAGAAUGUCAAUUGUCAAAACCUGUUUCUUUUCAACUUUCCUAUAAAGUAGAAACCCCAACUCUUUAGCCCGGUGAUUGUUGCUAAUAACAAGUAUAAGAAACAAAGAUUAUUGUUGGAAGUGAGGGUGAGGUCCAGUUGUAAAUCCAGAGAGCGAUCAAAUUGAGGGUAGGCUGAGAAACUCUUGAAUGAAUUUAUCUUCCGACUGAAAAAGUGUUGGGAGUUUUGGUUUAAGACAGAUAGAGAUGUCAAGUUUGCAAAGGGAUUUCAAUCAAAAGAUAGAUUACGUGUUCAAAGUGGUGCUAAUAGGAGACUCAGCAGUGGGGAAAUCGCAGCUUUUAGCGCGCUUCACAAGGAACGAAUUCAAUAUCGAUUCCAAGGCGACGAUCGGCGUUGAAUUCCAAACUAAAACUCUGGUCAUCGAUCAUAAGACCGUCAAGGCUCAGAUUUGGGAUACUGCUGGUCAAGAAAGGUACCGGGCGGUAACAAGUGCAUACUACAGAGGAGCAGUGGGGGCAAUGCUGGUCUAUGACACAACUAAGCGUCAGUCAUUUGAUCAUGUUGCAAGAUGGUUAGAGGAACUGCGUGGACAUGCAGAUAAAAAUAUUGUGGUAAUGCUUGUAGGCAACAAGUCAGACCUUGGCUCCCUUAGAGCUGUUCCCAUAGAGGAUGCUAAGGAAUUCGCGCAGAGGGAAACCCUCUUCUUCAUGGAGACAUCAGCCCUCGAGGCCACUAAUGUUGAAUCAGCUUUCGUUACAGUUCUAACAGAAAUUUACCGAAUCAUCAGCAAGAAAAACCUGGUAGCCAAUGAACAAGAAUCUGGGGGUAAUGCAUCACUUCUCAAAGGAACCGCGAUUGUCAUCCCUGGGCAGGAGCCAGAAUCUGGAGGAAAGAGUUUCAGUUGCUGUGCAUCAUCAUAGGAGAUUCCUUUCUAUCAACUACCGCAUAUUGGGAAUUCUGCUGUCGAUAGGGGAUCAUAGGAUCACCCUUGCUUUGCAGAGUUCCGUUGUAUCAAGUAAUCAUAUUUCAGUGUAUGAAUCCAUUCCCAGUCCUUGUUGAUUGAUAUAUAGGGUUUUGUUCAAACUUACAAUGGUGCAAUGUAUUUUCUGUCAAGAUCUGGUUUGUAAUCUCUACCUGACUCAAAAUCACAUGUGCUUCUGAUUUUUUAGCUGUCAUUGUGGCCAAGCAGCUAAUUUUCUCAAUUAUAAGAAGUAUGCUAAAUUCCA